AUGCCCCCUCUCUCACUCCCCCUUUCCCACUCAUCAUCUAACCAUCUUCUCUCCAGAACCGGGACAGGCACCUACUCCCUCUUCGCCCCCUCCCCCCUCAAGUUCUCCCUCUCCACCCCAACAGGAACCCCCCUCCUCCCCCUCCUAACCACAAAACGCGUCUUUACCCGCGCCAUAAUCCUCGAACUCCUCUGGUUCAUCUCCGGCUCCACCUCCUCCCUCCCCUUGUCCUCCCAAAACGUCAAAAUUUGGGACGGCAACGGCUCCCGCGCCUUCCUCGACAGCCUAGGCCUCACCCACCGCGAAGAGGGCGACCUCGGCCCCGUGUACGGCUUCCAGUGGCGCCACUUUGGCGCAGAGUACGUUGACUCCAAAACCGACUACACCGGCCAGGGCGUCGACCAGCUCGCGCGCAUCGUCCAGACCCUCAAGACGAACCCGUACGAUAGGAGGUUGAUCCUCUCGGCGUGGAACCCAAAGGACAUGAGCCAGAUGGUCCUCCCGCCCUGUCACAUGUUUGCCCAGUUUUAUGUCUCUUAUCCUAGGUCGAGGAAAGAGACGGAGGAGGGGAGGGAGGUCAAGGGGCAUCUACACUGUCAACUGUACCAGCGGAGUUGUGAUAUGGGGUUGGGGGUGCCAUUUAAUAUCGCGAGUUAUGCGCUGUUGACGCACAUGCUGGCCCAUGUGUGUGAUUUGGUGCCGGGGAGCUUGACGCACGUGAUGGGGGAUGCGCAUGUGUAUUUGAAUCAUGUUGAUGCUCUCAAGACGCAGCUGGAAAGAGAACCGAGGGAGUUCCCAGAGUUGGAGAUCAAGAGGGAGAAAGGGGGAAGUAUUGAUGGGUGGAAGUUGGAAGAUUUCGAGAUCAAGGGGUAUAACCCGCACAAGGUUAUCUCGAUGGAGAUGUCUGUAUAG